AUGAGUAAUAUUGAAGAAAGAAGAUCCUUAUUAGAGGAUUUAGAGGUGAUUGAAAGCUCAAUCACCAAGAGAUUUCAACGGAAUCCUGAGUUAUAUUAUAAAUAUCAAGAGGGACUGAAGAAAGUAGUCGAUCCUGAUAUUGAUUUGCCAAGCAAGACUGUGAGAAAUACAAAUAAAAUAUACAAGACUAGGAAACACAAGAGAAAGAGAAAACAAAUUCUUCUUCAGCAAUAUGAAAUUAACGAGUUUUUGGAUGAUUAUAGAAGAAAAGAGAAACAACUGAUGAAACAGAAGCUAGAUAUUAGUGAAUUUAGAGAUAAAGGGGCAGAUUUUGUGAAGUUUGAAGAGCUAUUGGAGUCAAUUAAUAAUGAAUAUAAUAAUCAAAACGAAGAAACUCCAACAAAUUUGAAGCUAUUGGAUAAAAAAGAUAAAUAUGCCAUGUUUUCUUCCUCAAUUAAUAUAAAUUCACCAAAUAAUAUAUUGUCUAAGAGGUCACAAUUACUGGAUUUGAAUAAUUACUUUUCAAAAGAGGAACAAUAUGGUGAAAUUUUAAACUUAGAGCAGUUCUAUUCUAGUUGGUUAAACGUAGUUAAGACUGCUGAUUGCUCUAUAUUGAAAUACAUUCUUAUGCUCAAUGUAUUUCUAGAUAAGGAUGAAUUUAUUUUAAAUUCGCCAAUGGAUAGGAAAAAUCUACGUUAUGUUGAUUUUAUCAGGAUUUUAUCCAAGUAUUUUGAAUCGUACCUAGAAAAAAGGUAUAUAUUGAACAAUUGGAUCAAUUUUAAGACUGAAUUAAAAAAAAGCUUUGAAAAAUAUUCAAUAAAACCUAUAGUAAAGGAAAAGAAAGGUUAUCUUUGCAUAUCAUGUGGGAAAUGGUUUAAAAAUUCUAACGUAUACGAUGGUCAUUUAAAAGGAAAACAACACGAAAAACACUACUCUAAUAGAAAAAUGUUUUUAUAUAAUGAGUACAAGUUGCAUAGAAUAAUAAACUACUUAAAAUAUGAAUUUGAUGAAUCCAAAGCAUAUAUGGAAAGAAAACUAGCAUUUACCAACACAGAAAGAAACAAUGAGUUAAAAUUACUAACAAAAAAAUACGAGGAACCAGCAUAUAAUAAGGAUGAACCAGAAAAUACAGAUAAAUACGAAGAGGAUGACAAUUCUAUGAGUAAUGCGGCUGAAGAUCGCAACAAAUCAUUUAAUAUGCCAUUGGGACCGGAUGGAAUGCCUAUCCCAUUAUGGUUAUACAAGUUACAAGGUCUAGAUAUCAAAUACAACUGUGAGAUCUGUGGUAAUAAAGAGUACCAAGGCCGUAAAGCGUACGAGAAUCAUUUUUCAGAGCUAACACAUACCUCCCAUCUAUACUUUUUAGGCAUACAAUAUUCUAAAGCUUUCAAAGGGAUUACAUCCAUAGCGGAAGCUAAAAGUCUAUGGAGUUCCAUGCAUGCCAGUAAUGGUAGUGCUGCUAGUUUUAGUAACCAGAACAAUACCAAGCUCGCUAUGACUGAAGAUAUCGAAGUCGAGGACUCAGAAGGUAACGUCAUGUCGAAGAAGAUCUACGACGAGUUGAAGAAGCAAAACUUAGUUUAG